UUGGCACAUUAUCAGAACCCUCUAAAUCAGUCUGCUCAUUUACAUAACGGGUUUUGCCCUCAUCCAACGUUUAAAAAGCACUGUAUGCCCAGUGCUUGUCCGAGAGCUUGCAAAAAGCCUCUCAAGCUUUCGAGACUUUAAUCUGGCCUGUCACGUCAUGCUGUUGCAAAAAACCUCACAAGCUUUCGAGACUUUAAUCUGGCCAGUCACGUCAUGCUGUUAUGGCUAGGCGUAUGUCGACGCCAUUAUACAAAGACUUCAAGGGAGGCGGAGCCCGAAUGCUUGGCUACGGCUGGCUGGAAGGCACCAGCGAAUCGUCGCCUUUUCCAUAGACGUACGUGCAACUCCCAACCGCAGCCAUUAACUUUUCGGUAGACACUUACGGUCAAUCUAACCAAGCCAAUAUCAUUUGUUACUCAAAUAUAGAAACUCUCAGCACCAUGUCUGGAAAUAAAAGGUCUUCUGAUCCUGUCGGCGACAUGAUCCGCAGAGAAAAACACCCCACUCAGAACGGCAAGUUUUGGCUCUGGUUUCUGGCGGGAACACUGCUGAACCUUUGUGUCACGUCCAUUGCCAUCGGUAUGACAGUGGUCUAUGUGAACAAGGAACUUCAGACAAUCAGGGAUCGAUUGCUCACCCAAGAACAGCGCCUGACACAGAUCAGCGAUUCUUCGUCACCGGACGACAUCAAAAUUAGCUACCCGUCCUGGGAUACCGCCCGAUCGAGAAAGCGACGGGAAUUACCGGUAAACGCGGAGACAAGCAGGUCACCAGGCCUCGCUGCCCCGUCCGUCACCCAACAAGUGGAUUCUGUCAAUUGUGAUUCCAGACAUGGAGGCCUUUGCUUUUGCCGAGACGGCCGGGACGGGAGAGACGGCAAAGACGGACGGAACGGGGCCUGGGGACCGCCUGGACCAGCUGGGCCUCCUGGAAGCAAGGGUGAACGAGGCAUUGCUGGCGUGGCUGGCCCGCGAGGACCGCCGGGAAAGGCUGGGCCACGGGGGUUGCCAGGAGAACAGAGCAUUGCUGAUUGCCCCCACAGAAGGGAAUCUUGUGGGCCUCAGAACUACGCCAACAAAACGUCUGGAUCUACUUACGUCCGAUGGGGGCGCAACACUUGUCCGGAUCAACCAGGCACGAAGCUCGUAUAUUCAGGUUACGCAGCUGGAGCUCACCACAUGCACACGGGGGGCUCUGUGGAUUUCCUGUGCCUGCCCCAUGACCCAGAGUGGUCAGCAAACUCAAGGGAUGGAGCCAACCCACAUGCGUCUUAUCUAUACGGAGUUGAGUACCAGCUCAACAAUUUUAAUCCCUUUUCGCACGCCAACGCCGAGACCAUCUUCCAGCACAACGCCCCGUGCGCUGUGUGCCGCCUCGUCGACCGCGGGACCCAGCUGCUCUUCCCGGCCAAGCUGGGCUGCCCGGCGAACUGGACAGAGGAGUACAGAGGGUUUCUGAUGUCCGGGAAGUACGACUACAAGCAGCAGUCCCGCGCCAUCUGUGUGGACGAAGCCCCAGAGGUGGUUCCCGGCACUGAGGCAAGCCAGGACGAGGCGCUCAUUUACAUCGUCGAGGCCCGGUGCGGCUCCCUUCCCUGUCUCCCUUACGUCAACGGUCGCGAGAUCACCUGCACCGUUUGCAGCAUCUAGGACAUGGUCACGAUAGCCACUAGUCCUCUCUUGUGUCUUCCAAGUGGCUCGUAGUAAAAUUGGAAGCUGAAUCAAUCAACGGAAUUGUUCAAUUUGCCAAUAAUCUAGUCAUUUGAACUGUUGUCAGCAAGAUCCACCAACUGGCCGAUUUAAGCACAUGCCGAGUAUUUAAUCUUGAUGUGGGCGCUGGAGGAUGGAGUGCUGGAUCUUAAUUGACACUGACAGAAUAUUACGUCCCUUCUCUCCCGCAUAACAGUAUCCAGAGCUGUUUAGAGUUAGAACAUGGGUGUUUCAAUUGUUGGAACCAAAAUAUUCCGUUGGAAUAUGCGUCGAUGAGCAUGGUUAUUGGCCAAUUAGCACGCAAUAGCUGCAUGCUGUACAGCCCUGACCUUGUAGUAUGUGACAGUCGCCACAUAUUGCCAGAUUGCGUCCAGCCCCGUCCUGCAACUUCAACAGCGCCCCUGUCUUACCUUCGUCACUCCUCGACUCUGGCAUUAGGUACCCUUCCUUGAAUUCUUGGCUGUUAUUAAAUAUCAGGAAAAUAUGAUUCAUUAGAAGUCUUUUUUUUUUAGAAAGGACCCAUGAAAUGAAUUUUUCUUAGGAGCACUUUUUGUGUAUCUCUGUAC